GUGAUACGCAGAAGGCUGCUGGCUGCCGUUAGGGUUUUUGGAAGUGCUAACACCUUUUGUUGUCAUACGCGAGGUGGCCUGCGAUGGAUGGCUGAGGAACCGAAACGUCGGCAAGCCGCAGGGCUACCGGUGCAGCUAGUAAUGGAUAGCAAAAUGGCAGGGACGACGUUACGCCACUUUACUUGGCGGCGUCCGUUACUUCCGUCUCACGUGCAACCUACCGUGUCGAGGCCUUCACAGCCGCCGAUUGACUUUUCAGAACACCGGAAGCCUUUGUGACGCGUAGCUGACUUCCUGGUCAUAAAACUCAUCGCACCAAAAUGGCUACUCAUCUGCAGCGACCGGGCUGCUCGGUAGGCGCCUUGCAGCGCCGGCCCGCGGCGCCUCGAUUGACUCCUAUUCGCCCGGCUCGGCUAGCACCCGGUGCUCCUCUUCGCGGACUGCGCGUUCCUAGCAGCCUUAACAACCCAGACCUAAACGGAUCUGUGCCUGCUGCGGUCCCGCCUGCUCCGGCAUCUAGCAAUGGAGUGCCUCCAUCCGCACCUCCUCCCGCCCACCUUACCACCAUGGACAUCACGGAGAAGCUGGGCAGCACCAACCCGCUCAUCCAGGCUCUGAACAGCUCCCGGGCUAGCCUGCAGGAGGCCCAGCGUGUGCGUGAGGCGCUAGAGGCGGAGGCACAGGAGGUUGCGCAGCUUGCGGUGGAGGCUGUGGAGGCGCGCGAUGCCGCCAAGGCCGAGGUGCUUGCAGUCUCGGCGCAGAUUGAGGAGGCCAUCCGGCAGCAGCAGGCGCUGCUCGACCGCGCCACGGCCCUUCGGGAGCGGCGGGAGGCGCUGCUGGGGGAGAAGCCGGCGGCUGAGGAGGGAGCCGAGGUGGACGCCUUCGCCGCCAACCUGGCCUCCCUGGAGUCGGAGCUGGGCGAGGUGGAGGCGCAGGUGGGCGACAUGUCCACCGCACUCAUGGGGCUCAAGGCGGCCAUGGAGGAGCUGUACGCCAAGUCGGUGGUGGCGGAGGCGGCUGCAGCCAAGGCGGAGGAGGUGGCCGCUGCUGCCAUGAGCGCAGCUGAGGCGGCUGUGAAGGACGAGAUGCAGGCGGCCGCAGUGGUGAAGGAGACGCAGGUAGCGCUGGAGAAGACCCUCUCCGCGCUCAAGGACCUGGGGGCGGCGGAGGCAGCGCCGGAGCAGCAACAGCUGCCGGCCGCUGCCCCUGCCGCUGCCGCCGCCUCCGCCACGCUUGUGGAGCCAGGUAGCUUGUACCCGCCUGCCGCCAAGCCGGCGGUGGACUGGGUGAAGAUCGGCGCGGCUGCGUUGGGCGCGGUGGCCGGGUUCUACUUCCUCAACUACACGGACCCGGGUCGGGCGGUGCUGGGGAUGGCGGGCUCGCUCAUGUCGUUCAUCAAGCACCAACUGGGGCACAUCCACAUCCACGAGGCGGAGCGCGGUCUGCUGGAGACCAUCUGCCUGCUCUUCACCUCCAUCGUGUGUGUGCCGCUGGUGGUCAAGGGAGUGCCGGGUGGCAACGCGGUGCUGGGUUACCUUCUGGGCGGUGCCAUCGUGGGCCCCUACGCGCUGGGCCUCAUCAGCGACGUGAACAACAUCAAGCACCUGGCGGAGAUCGGGGUGGUGCUGCUGCUGUUCAACAUCGGGUUGGAGCUGUCGCUGGAGCGGCUGCAGUCCAUGGCAAAGCUGGUGUUCGGCAUGGGAUCGGCGCAGGUUGUGUUCACGCUGCUGGGCGCUGCGGGUAUCGCCAUGUACUUUGCGGGGCUGCCGGUCCCGGGGGCCAUCAUCCUGGGAGGCUCGCUGGCCAUGAGCAGCACGGCUGUGGCGAUCCAGGUGCUUGAGGAGCGCGGUGAGAUGGGCAGCCGCCACGGCCGGGCUAUCUUCUCGGUGCUGCUGCUGCAGGAUCUAGCGGUGGUGGUGCUGCUGAUGCUGAUCCCGCUGCUGGCGCCUUCGCCCGACGGCUCCACGGGCGGGUUCGCCAAGAUCGCGGGGGCGCUGGGUCUGGCGGCGGUGAAGGCGGUGGUGGCCAUCGUGGGCAUCAUUGCGGGCGGCCGUCACCUUGUCCGCCCGCUGUACAAGAAGAUCUCCGAGUUCGCCAACGCCGAGAUCUUCGCCGCCACCACGCUGCUGAUGGUGCUGGGCACCUCCUUCCUCACGCAGCUGGCGGGGCUGAGUCUGGCGCUGGGGGCCUUCCUGGCGGGCCUGCUGAUCGCGGAGACGGAGUAUGCGCUGCAGGUUGAGUCCGACAUCGCGCCGUACAAGGGUCUGCUGAUGGGUCUGUUCUUCAUGUCGGUGGGCAUGGAGAUCAGCGUGCAGCUGUUCAUCCAGAAGUGGAAGGAGGUGCUGGCAGCCAUCUUUGUGCUGAUUGCGGGCAAGACCGCUGUCAUGGCCGCUGUGGGCCCGCUGUUCGGCCUCACCCGCCUCGCCUCCAUCCGCUCGGGGCUGCUGCUGGCGCCCGGCGGCGAGUUUGCGUUCGUGGCGUUCGGGGAGGCGGUAUCGCGGGGCGUGCUGCCGGCGCCCGUCUGCAACCUGAUGUACCUGGUUGUCGCUCUGUCCAUGGCGCUCACGCCCUACCUAGCCGAGCUGGGCAGCCGCAUGGGCGCGGUGAUGGAGAGCAACGACCUGGUGGCCAUGCAGCCCAAGGAGGACGAGGCCAAGGACCUGAAGGACCACGUCAUCAUCGCCGGCUACGGCCGCGUAGGCCAGGUGAUUGCUCAGCUGCUGAGCGAGCAGAUGAUCCCCUUCGUGGCGCUGGACGUCAGCAGCGCGCGCGUGUCGGUGGGCAAGAAGAAGGAUGUGCCCGUGUACUUUGGAGAUGCGGGCUCCCAGUCCGUGAUGCACCUUGUGGGGGCGGAGCGGGCCGCCUGCGCCAUCAUCGCGCUCGACACCCCCGGCGCCAACUACCGAGCGGUGUACACGCUGUCCAAGCACUUCCCGCACGUGAAGACCUACGUGCGCGCGCAUGACAUCACCAAUGCGGUCAACCUGGAGCGGGCGGGCGCCACCGCCGUGGUUCCGGAGACCCUGGAGCCCUCGCUGCAGCUGGCAGCUGCCGUACUGCGGGAAAUGGAUUUCAACACGGAGGAGGUGAGCUCCAUCGUGGAUGACUUCCGCCGCAAGCACCUGUCUGACCUGCAGCUGCUGUCCGCGCACUCGGGGACCAGCCUGGGAUACGGAUUCGAGGCGCAGAAGAAGGAGGCGCCGGCACCUGCUGCGGCCAGCAGCAGCAGCAGUGGAGAGGCGGCGGCGGGGCCUGCGAUGCUCCUGACCCCGGCGGCUGCGUAAGGCGGCGGCGCAAGGGAGACUGGGUGAUGGGAGAGACGGGGUAAUGGAUGGCUAGGGGUGGGUGGCGGCGAAUGGUUGGGUGGUAUAUGAUGGUGGUGAAGGUGGUGGUGAACUGGAGGUGACAGUGGCAGCGGCAGCACCGGAAGGUGUUGUUGCUGUAGGCUUAAAUGAAGUAAGCAGAGGUGUUGUUGUUGGGUGCUUGUAAACGUUUGUGUGCGGUGCGUUUUUUUCGUACCUGUGUACGUGUCUGGGUUUGCCUGGCAUUUUUUUAUCUGGUGGUGAAGGGUGCGAAUACGAGUACGAAUAAGGGUCGGAAAAGAGUCCCAAGGGAGUGUGGCGGACACGCACACGCCUGCCUGGUUUCGGUGCUGCCGUUGGAACGGUUUUUGUGGCGUCACUAUGUGAUUGGUUUAGGAAGGACAACUCGUAUCUACGUGUAUGUGUAAGAUGCGCGUGUGGUGUUUUGCGCCUGGCUUCUGUUGCGAGUAUGCACGUAUUUGCGCGAUUGUAUGUCGGCGCGCGUGCGUGCGCGCAUGGGUGAUGCAAGGCAACAAGCGGCAGCAGCCGGCAUUAUUGCGUGGCAGCAGCUUCGGCGUCCCAUGCCCCAUUGCGUUUGCUGUUGCGCCAUGGGGGGCAUGGAAACGUGUUUGUGUUUGCAAAAAGGGAACAGCUACAGAGUGCCAACUCUCUGUCCUGUUCCGAUGCGUGUAGUGUUUGACGGUUUGGUGCUUUUGCGUGUUUGCGAAUCCUCGAGGACAUCCUUGUUUGACCGGUCGAUUGGUUGUUCAGGCGAUGGAGUAAUAACAAAGCCUGCCGGAGGAAAAGAAAGCCUUGCUGGUCCAGACUGGCUUUUGCUAUGCAGGAGGGUUAACGCGCUUGUCCCUCCUGCUACUAGAAUGGCGUGUAGCAGAGGAGUGACAGACCGGACAGUCGGAGGGGCAUAUGUGUUAGCUCAUACUUGAAACUCUGUCCUCACGACCUUCUAGGUUUGAAGCUCGUAUAGUGCGGGGUCCCCUCGGCGGGGUCCCCUCGGCCCUCGUUCA